CCUAAGUAGAGAAGAGUACCGUGAUAGCGCGUUGAGUUUCAAUAAAUAAAAAAUAAAGGUCGUGACAAAAUUAAUUCUGCGCAGAAAUGACUGUUAAAUUGUCAGAGGGAGCGAUAGAGGCUUUUGCCAAAGGCAACGAUGUCAAUAAUCCAGUGCUUCAGUUAGUGAACAUUCGUAAAAUCGAUGGAGGCAGCGGACCAGCGCGAUAUCGUGUCAUGAUGAGCGAUGGACUACAUACAAUGUCCUCCUUCAUGCUGUCGACCCAGCUGAACCCGUUGGCUGAGCAGGACCAGCUGGCUCCUAACUCCGUCUGCCUGAUUAAGAGAAGUGUCACCAACGUCCUCAAGGAUGGACGCCGUGUGGUGGUUAUCCUGGAUGUGGAUGUGGUCAAAACCGCCAACGAGAUGACGGGGAAAAUCGGAGAGCCCACGCCCUAUGUGGAAGGACAGUCAAAGGCACCGCAGACAACCACGACGCCUGCACCCACCGUACGUCCACUUCAGCCUCAGAAUGGGAAGGAUGGCUCUGUGAGCAGAGGCUUUGGUCGAGACUUUGGGAAGAAGACUGUGACUGCCCCCAGCACUCCAGGAGGCUCCUCCAAAGUGGUGCCCAUCGCCAGCCUCAACCCGUACCAGUCCAAGUGGACCAUCCGUGCUCGUGUCACCAACAAGAGCGGAAUUCGUACCUGGAGCAACUCCCGUGGCGAUGGCAAACUCUUCUCCAUGGAAAUCGUGGAUGAAAGUGGAGAGAUCAGAGUGACUGGUUUUAAUCAGGAGGUGGACAAAUUCUACAGCCUCAUUGAGCAAGGCAAAGUCUACUACAUCUCUAAAGGCACGCUGAAGAUUGCCAACAAGCAGUACACGUCCUUGAAGAACGACUACGAGAUGACCCUAAACGGCGAGUCCACCAUCAUCCCGUGCGAGGACAGCCAGGAUGUGCCCAUGUUGCAGUGUGACUUUGUCUCCAUCGCUGACCUGGAAGCUCGGGACAAAGAUGCUAUCGUGGAUGUGAUCGGAGUGUGUAAGAGUGCCGAGGACGUGACUCGGAUCACUACGAAGAACAGCCGCGAGGUGUCCAAGAGGAACAUUCAGCUAAUGGACAUGUCUGGACGGGUCAUCCAGGUCACAAUGUGGGGAGCUGAGGCGGAGAAUUUCGAUGCCACUGGGCAGCCGAUCCUGGCCAUUAAGGGGGCGAAGCUGUCUGAUUUCGGGGGUCGUUCCCUUUCCACUCUGUUCAGUAGCACCGUCAUGAUAAACCCAGAUAUGCCUGAGGCCUAUAAGCUCAAAGGCUGGUAUGACAAAGAGGGCCAUGCCUUGGAUGGCCAGUCCAUGACGGAGAUGAGGGGGGGUGGAGGAGGAGGCUCUACCAACUGGAAGACCCUCGCAGACAUCAAGAACGAGCAUCUGGGCCAUGGAGACAAGGCUGACUAUUUCACCUGCAUCGGGACCAUCGUGUACCUGCGCAAGGAGAACUGCCUGUACCAGGCCUGUCCCAGCAAGGACUGCAACAAGAAGGUGGUGGACCAGCACAACGGCAUGUACCGCUGUGAGAAGUGUGACCGCGAGUUCCCCGACUUCAAGUACCGCCUCAUGCUCUCCGCCAAUGUGGCUGAUUUUGGGGAUAACCAGUGGGUGACGUGUUUUCAGGACACGGCAGAGGUCGUUCUGGGCCAGAACUCCACUUACCUAGGCCAGCUCAAAGACUCGAACGAAGCUGCUUUUGACGAGGUCUUCCAGAAUGCCAACUUCAAUACUUUUGUCUUCCGGAACCGAGUCAAACUGGAGACUUUCAAUGAUGAGUCCCGUAUCAAAGUGACAGUGGUGGAGGCUAAACCUGUAGACCAUAAGGAGUACAGCAAAAGGUUGAUCAUGAACAUCAGAAAGCUGGCUGCGCAGUAGGAACCACGGCGCCUCACCAAGACUAACCCGCCGUCGGGGCCAGGUUUCCCUCUGGUCCCGGACAGCACUUCACACCCUGUGUCGAAAGACAAUUUUUUU